GGCGCAUCUCACUUGAGCUACGCUCGUUUCUGAUAUCGUCCUGAUGGUCUCGGAUGUCUUUAUCAUGGCAGAAACGCAAAACUCGCUUGAGUUCUCUCAUCAGCGCCGAAGGAGAAGAUGCCGAGGGAACAGUCUUAGACCAAUUGAUGCAUGGGCAGACGGUCAUUGGGAAGACCGCCAAGACAAUCCAAAUCGACACCCUACGGUUCAGCGACGAGGACCUUGACCUUGUCGGUACCCUGGAGUACGGCCAAUUCGGGGUAUUAAGUCGUAUUGACGUCGUCACUUGUAAACUUGACGGAUGUCUCUAUGUCCGCAAGUCGACCGAGAAGAGAUUCGCUCUCAAGACGCGAGACCAAUGUUCGCCGCAGCUGGAACGCGACGUCCUCUUACGAGCAAGGAAAACGGAUUCUCAUUGGGCUCCGCACCUCUUGUGCGCUUUCCAGACGCCUACUCAUCUCAACCUUGUCAUGGACUAUGUUGAGGGAGGAACUUUGUGGGACGUCAUAGAAUCUAGUCCUCAUGACGGCAAAGUCCUCGAAGCAGACCUUCGUUGGUGGGCGCCGCAGAUCGUCAGCGCGAUCCACUGGUGCCACUCAGAAGGCUUCGUGCAUCGUGACAUCAAACCGCACAACUUCGUCCUCACUAGCAGCGGCCACAUUCGACUGAUUGACUUCGGUUCCGCUGCCCCUUUGCUCCCUCCAGCCGCCGAUGGAAGCCAGGCAGUACCUCUGGACCAUUGCCUCGUACCGUGUGGAACAUGCGACUACAUAUCUCCCGAGGUUUUGCAGGCACAUGAAGAGGCUUUAGUCGCUAUGGAGAUGGACGACGACGAGCGCUGGGCGAAUGAGCACAAACAAUCUGGGUACGGCCGCGAGACUGAUUGGUGGAGUAUGGGUGCGAUGCUGUAUGAGAUGGCAUACGGGAUUGCGCCGUUCUUCUCAAGAGAGAUUCGUCAUACGUAUGCGAAGAUCAUGGAACAUCAUAGAAGCCUGAAAUUCGAUGCAUCUGCCCCUGUCUCUGCGCAAUUACAGGAUUUCCUGCGCCGCCUGUUGACGAGCGCAGAGCUGAGACUAGGCCGAUGCGAUGUCAAGGAGCUCAAGGACCAUCCAUUCUUUACAGGUAUCAACUUCGAGAAUCUUCAUCUAAGGGAGAAACCGAUGGAACUACACGUGCCCCAGUUCACGUAUGCAAUGUCCGUCGCGCCUACAGCGCCAGCUACCUCCGACUCUCCUGAAGAGUCUCAGUCUAAAUCACGGGCGUUCGCAUUCUCAGCCCUCUUCCAAUCAUCGCCCAUGACCGCACCUGGCGGUUCACAGAUGUCCAUUGUUCAGGCAACACCGUCGCACGCCUCUACCCGCUCUAUUUUGCGCGACCAACCCGUUUCAGCCUUCAUCGGCUUCACGUGGGGCCCACCGAUGGACGCGUUCGACAAGACGUCUUCUAGCCCACAGCACCGCGCAAAUCUCAGCACGCCUCGCCUGCUACAACACCUCUUCGCUCCCCCUACACCGUUCAGCCAGCUGCCUACGAAUGUCCAAAGCACUCCUGUGGGGCCGCGAUACCCCUUCGCGACACCUGUACGCCCGAACGCCCUUACCCCUUUCCAGACGUUGCCCCGCGCCAGCACGGUCCGCCGGACCGUACAGCGGCGCGCGGUAUCCGACCGCGAAGCGAUGAAGCAGCUCGUCGACUGCGUCGGCAUGAGCGCACGCAAGAAGGUGUUGGAGAGCGGUCGCAAGCCGCGACUUCUGCUUUCAAAUACUCGCUCGGGUGCAAGCACGCUCAAGGAGCUCCGUUUUGACCGCUCCGUAGCCGUCGUCGGUGAUGGCGGUAUAUCGUUUCGCGUCGAACAGGGUUCACAGCACUCGCAGUCGCACUCGCGCUCCGGCUCGGAGAGCAUGCUCCUGGGCACGUCAAUACUGUCUGCGUCGGGAAUGGGCGGAGCUAGCGGGAGUACGACGGGGCUGACGCAAGAGGUGCUCAUCGAAGACCUCAGUUCGGACCUUGACUCGGACGUGCCCCCAAGUCCGAGCCCAACCCCGCGUCCGGGCUCGGCAAUGUCUAUACUGUCGAGGCGGAGCCAGACGCCAACUGGCUCAUACUUUUUGCGGAGCGGUCACAGCACUUCGCGAUCUGGAGAAGACGCAAGGCGCUCCGUCUCGCCGGUUCCCGUGUGCGCGGUGCCGGCGCCGUACGAGGACAAAAGUUCCAUGACGACGACGACGAUGUCUUUCAAGGCGGAAAGCACGUUCUCGUACGAGUACCUGGAGCAGAUGGAGAGGAGGUACAAGCGGCUAAUGGGCGAUAUCGCGAUUGUAGAGGGGCGGCUGGACGAGGUGUCGUGUAUGAUCCGGGGAGAUUGAACAG